AUGGAGCAAGGAUCAGAGAUGGGACCGCCACCCACUCCAACCACGGUUAAUCCUCCGUCAUAUGCGGAAUCCGUGGCCGAAGCCAUUGACCUAUUUUUCUUUCCAGAUUGGCACUACAGAGGGGGAUGCGACGACUCGAUGCUCAAGACACUGGAUGACGUCCUUAACAAGGAUUUAUCUUUCAUGCACCCAGGGACGGACUUCUACGCGUUCUACUCCUUCCUUUUAAGGAUGGGAGAGCAACGACUAGAGGUGUGGAGCCCCGAAGGAGUUUUCCAACCCAUCGCCGUCAUCGAACUUCGAGGCACAUAUCUACGCGAACUACGUGGCUGCGAGGGAAGGGCUCUUAUUUAUUUGAUGCACCCAAAGAACGAGCCACACGUCAAAGAAUGCCAUUUCAUCAUCCAAGAAACUAUCUCGCCUUUACAGCAGAGGACCGGGGUUGCAGGAAAGCUGGUGUCACUGUUUGACAAGUCGAAGCGAGUCGAGCGGAAAUACUGGAUUAAGGCUGCACUCCAAGGGGAACGUUAUGUCUUUAGAGAAGUGGCCUCUGGUCAAGAACCAAUGCCGGAAGAGUGUGUUGGUGUCAAGUCCGUUUGUUAUCCAAGGUUCUGGCCGUGA